CAAGCAGGAGAAGGAGGUGGAUAAUUACCCAACAGCGCUCUCCUUGAGACAGUCUCUCCUUGGUAACUCCUCCGGUCCCUCCAGUGUGCCUCAGCUGAGUCCAGGUAGAGAUGAUGGAAACACUGCAGGUCCUCCGAGGUUCACUGCUGCUGCUGCUGCUGGUUGCAGGUGUUUGCAUUGAGGGGUACAAGCCGGUCAUCAUCGUCCACGGCCUGUUUGAUGGACCAAAACAGUUCCAAACGUUGUCUCAGUACAUCGAAGAGGCGCAUCCAGGCACUGAAGUGACCACAAUCGACAUCUAUGACGACAAGGCCAGUGUAGUACCACUGUGGGUGCAGAUCGAAGGCUUCAGUAAUAAAUUAACAUCCAUCAUGAACAAGUCUCCCAAUGGCGUCCAUCUUUUGUGCUUCUCACAAGGUGGUGUAAUUUGUCGAGCUCUGCUGUCCACCAUUCCAAACCACAACGUGCACACCUUCAUUGCACUGUCAUCCCCACUGGCUGGACAAUAUGGAGAAACAGAAUACCUGAGUCAGGAAUUUAGUGCCAGUGUUAAGACAGAAGUGCAUCCUUUGUGCUACAACAAACUUGGACAGUUAAUAUCUAUUUGCAACUACUGGAAGGACCCUCACCAUAUGUCUGACUACCUGCAGUACAACAACUUUCUGCCACUGCUUGAUGGUGAAAAACCUCACAAAGACAUGGAAGCAUGGAGGAAAAACUUCCUGCGCAUCAAAAAGCUGGUGCUGAUUGGAGGACCAGACGAUGGCGUCAUCACACCGUGGCAGUCCAGCCACUUUGGAUUCUACGACAGCAAUGAAAAUGUCGUCGAAAUGAGAGACCAGGAGUUUUACAAGAAGGACAAUUUUGGGCUGAAGACACUGGACGAUCGCGGUGACGUGUCGGUUUGUGUUCGCGCUGGUGUGAAGCACACAGAAUGGCACUCUGAUUACACCGUGUUCAGCAGCUGCAUUGAGAAGUGGCUCACCUGAAAACCAGGUGUUGAUAUGAGGUAGAAUCCUACUGAGGACCCAUACUGCUUACAGAUGCUGUUAUGCUUGUUAAUGCAAAGAAGAAAAGAGCAAUCAUUUUAACUGCUGCUUUUGUGAUGCUCAUGAUUCCCACCAUGAAGGUCACUUCACUCAUUUGAGCAAAACUUUGCUAAUUUUACUGAUAGUUCAUGCUAGUGGGUAGAUGGCCAUGAUCACAGUACACAAACAAGACUAAUUACAAUAACUCUGAUGCUCAUAGCAUCAUCAAGUCAAUAUUUUUCACUUAUCACAGAUUGAAUGAGUUGCAAAACAAAGCAGGUCUCUUCAAGAUUUUUAGUGUAAAUGAAUUAUUUUAACCAUUUCUUAUCAAGUUUGAUUGAAAAAAAAAACACAGGAAGAAAAACUAUGCCUGAAUCUGUACAGUGUGUGAGUGUAAAGUUAGAAUGACCCAGGAUCAACAAGAAAUAAUAAUAGGAAAUACUGCAGGUUGACUUCACCAGAAUUCUUCUUUAACAAAGAGACUAAACAUCUGCAUGUUUGCCAGCGCUCCAGAUUGACACCAAAAUGAUCACAUAUGCUACCUUUUUUAAAAAUUUUAAUCUCUGGUGGUUGAAUUUAUGUGAGUGUACUGGCACCAUUAGCCUGAAUGAUGACAGCUGCCAUAUCAGCCAUUGUGGUUGAAAACAGUCCUCUCUCAGGCCCCGUCCACACGAAGACAAAACAAGGUCUAAACGCAUAAGUUUCAUGCCGAAUCUGCGUAUCAUCCACAUGAAGACGGCGUUUUGGGGGUCUGUAAACGAUCAUUUUUGAAACCAGGUUCCAGAGUGGAAAGAUUUUGAAAAGCCGUGUAAGCGGCUCCGUGUUUACUGGCUAUCCGCUACUUUUCAGAUACGCUUGCGUCAUAGUUUCGUAUCUUCACUGACACGCAUGUGCCACACGCGGCAACGAAGCUAGUGACCCUAUGAACUCUGUUGCAGCAAAAUCUCCUUCUCAAUCACCACCGAGUUGAACAAACAAUUAUCGAGGACACAUUACGGCACUUUAUUUAUUUCUCGGCUUGGGCUCUGUUUACAGCUUUUGCUGCAAAUGCGCAUGCCCACUGUUUUUUCUUCUGUUUGCACGUGUUUCCGUCUUAUCGUUACAGCGCCCCUAGAGGUGUGGCAUGUCUUUUACAGCGUUUCCAUGCGUAUCGAGUGCAUUCAUGUAGACGCACACAGUUUCUGAGACGCCUUCGUCUUUAUGGCGAUCGUUUUUGAAACUGUUAAGCGUUUUGUCUUCGUGUGGAUGGGGCCUCAGUCCAGCUGAGAAAAUUUUGAGCACCAAAAACGUAAUUUGGUGCCCUGUUAACACGCUGAUGUUGGUAUUAAGCUCCAAACACCACUGUGACAUACAGAGUUCCUGGCAUGACUGCUUUUAUGAUAAAUUGACAACAACAUAGACAUAAAAACAACAAAAAAUUACGAAAGAAAAGUCCACCUCUGCCUGUUAAAUAUGUAGAAUCACUUUGGGAGCAUCGAAAAGUUCCUUUGAGAAAGCAACAGCAAGAAAUAAGCUCUGUCAGUGUUUCUGUAUUUACUCUCACUACCAGAAGAGGGAGACAAAAGUUCCACAAUUCAGAUUUAAAUUGUUUGUCCCUUUUUGAAAUCAUGAAACAUGUUUAGUUUCCAGUGGCAUGUCUAUUUCAUUAGCAGCAAAUAUUAGAUUGAAUGAAGCCCUGUUUGUUUUUGAUUUCUUCUCAACUAAUUAAGUGUCUUUCAUCAGCAAAUGUUCGUAGAAACAUCCUCAAAUAUUAGUGCAGUAGUCUAAGGUGACUGUGAGCCAUGCACGAGGGCGAUGGUCGAUCUGUUGCUGCUCUCUGCUGGACGUUUGAGGUACUUCCUCUAAGUGAAAACUAUUGCACGCUGCCACAGCAAAUGCAACAUGACGCACAGUGUAUGUGUAUUAAAGGCUUUUGGCAGAAUUUCA